AGCGCCUGGACAGCAGCUGCUGACUUUCUAGAUCAAGCGCGCCUUGGGGACCCAGGCUUGGGAGUGAGCCGAUGGCCCACGUUCGAGAAGCGUCCCGGUCCUCCCGGUCGGUCGCCUGUUGGAGUUCGGGAGGUCGAAGAGCCUGUUUGGAGCAGGCAGCUGAGCAAGCAGCGAGAAUGGAGCAGAUGAUGCGGGGUACACAGGGACCCAAGGAGAACAAGCCGGAGCGGUGGCCGGAACCCGAGCCCACGUCGGAGAACUUAACAACUAGGGCCAGUGGCAGCGAUGAGAAGGUGCUCGCUUCCACCCUGGCUACUUGUCACACCAGCUCCAGCUUGGUUUGCCCGCGCCGCAAGCCCCGCCCUCGGUCCCAGCCCAGGUCCCGCUCCAGGGGAGGGCGUGGGCUCAAGGCCCCACCCUCGCCUCCCUCCAAACCUCCGCCACCCCCUCCUGCGCCGCCACCUCCACCCCCGCCCCAUCUGCGGUCGGUGGCCUGCCGCAAAUCUAGGCGUAGAGCCAGGCCUGCACCUAGAUCCCAAUCACGGAAAAGCUCCUCUAGUGAUCUAGGCUACUCUGGGGAUCCAGAGAGCACAGAGUACCCGUUAUUAGAGGUUGUGUCUAAUAAAGGUUCCACAGGCUGCCCUCAUGUAGAGAGCAUUAAAGUAGCCAAAAACUGGCAGAAGAACCUGCGGAUGCUCUACCAGCGAUUCAUUUGGAGUGGAACUCCGGAGACUAGGAAACGUAAGGCAAAAUCGUGCAUCUGUAAUAUAUGUAGUACUCAUAACAACAGACUCCGCUUAUGUGUCUCCUGUGUAUUUUUUGGAUGUUUUACUGAGAAACAUAUUCAUAACCAUGCAGAAACAACACAACACAGUUUAGCAAUAGACCUCUGCCAUGGGAUUAUAUAUUGCUUUAUGUGUAAGGAUUAUGUAUAUGACAAAGAUAUAGAAAAGAUAGCCAAAGAAACAAAACAGAAACUUCUGAAACUAUUAACUUCGACUGCAAUAGACGUAUCUGAUCAGCAGUGUAUGACACUGGAGGCUGACGAAAAUCAAUCAACCUCUGAGUCCAAAGAUCAGGAGACUGCUUUGGUAAAACCCAAGAAAAAGAGGAGUAAACAGACAGUUUAUUACACUGUAGGAAUUAGAGGUUUGAUCAAUCUUGGGAACACCUGCUUUAUGAAUUGCAUUGUCCAGGCACUUACUCACAUCCCGCCACUGAAGGAGUUCUUCCUCUCCGAUAAGCACAAGUGUGUAAGGACAAGCCCUAGCUUGUGUUUGGCUUGCGAAAUGUGUUCGCUAUUUCAAGCCAUGUAUUCGGGGAUUCGAUCACCUCUUAUCCCCUAUAAAUUACUGCACCUGAUAUGGAUUCAUGCAGAACAUCUAGCUGGCUACAGGCAGCAGGAUGCGCAUGAGUUUCUUAUUGCAAUAUUAGAUGUGCUGCAUAGACACAGCAGAGAUGAUAGCAUCGAGCAAGAAGGCAACGCCAAUUGCUGUAACUGCAUUAUAGAUCAAACCUUUACAGGUGGCUUGCAGUCAGAUUUGACAUGUCAAGUCUGUCAUGGUGUCUCUACCACUAUAGACCCAUGCUGGGACAUCAGUUUGGAUUUGCCUGGCUCUUAUAGCCCAGGGAGGGCUUGUAGCUCAGUGAAUAGCGAUGACAACAAAUCAACAGUCACCUCACUUACAGAUUGUUUGCAGUGGUUUACAAGACCAGAGAAUCUGGGAAGCAGUGCCAAAAUCAAAUGCAAUCAAUGCCAAAGCUACCAGGAAUCUACCAAACAGCUCACAAUGAAGACAUUACCGAUUGUGGCCUGCUUUCAUCUGAAACGGUUUGAACAUUCUAGCAAACAGAGGCGAAAGAUUAAUACUUUUAUCUCAUUUCCUUUGGAACUGGACAUGACUCCCUUUCUGGCCUCUACUAAAGAGAGCAUAAUGAAUGGCCAGCCAUUAGCCGAAUGUGUGCCCAGUGAGAAUAAGUAUUCUUUGUUUGCAGUGAUUAACCACCAUGGAACUUUGGAAGGUGGCCAUUACACCAGCUUUAUUCGUCAAGAAAAGGAUCAGUGGUACAGCUGUGACGAUGCCAGGGUCACCAAGGCUACAAUGGAGGAGUUACUCUGUAGUGAAGGGUACCUACUCUUCUAUUACAGGCAAGAUAUAGAAGGAGAAUAA